GGAGGCCGGGGCGAGGGCUCUGCUGGAACGCUACCAGUCGGAGGCGGCUAAACUGUACAAUAAGGUCUCGCUCAUGUCCUGGGCCUACGUCACAACAUCAGAACACAACAAGGAAGCCAAGGCAGAGGCUUCGCUGGAAGCGUCCAAAUUCCAGGGCGAGAUGUAUGAACAGUCAAGUCGGUACAGGGCGAUCAGCGAUACCCUCUCGAGUUUUCAGUUUUAUGGUUUAAAGAAUGUAAAAUAUACCAAUUUGGAGGGAGACAGAUACAAGCCACUACCCUGUACUUCUAAGAAACAAAAAAUAUAUCCAGCGUUUCCGGCGAAACUGGAAGAAGAAGAUCAGAAGAACCUGACUCAACUGGGAUCCAUCAUGAGCGAGAUCUACUCUACGGGGACCGUCUGUCUUCACAACGACCAGGAGAGUGAGGUGGGUGGCUGGGUAGUGGGUAGGAGUGUCGAAUUGAACCUGGAGCCUGAUCUGACGAAGCUGCUGGCGACGUCUAGAAACUACACUCUGCUCGCUCAUAUUUGGGAGUCCUGGAGAACGAACGUCGCCAGGAAGAUCCGGCCCCACUACCUUCAAUACGUCGAGCUGAAGAAACAAGGGCGCCCAGCUCAACGGUCAUUAAGAAUGAAGUACGAGACUGAAACCUUCGAGGACGACAUUCUGGAACUCUACAAGGAACUGGACCCUCUCUACCGCCUAGUGCACGCCUACGUCCGCAAGAAGCUGUACAAUUUGUACUGCAGUUCGGAAGCCGAUAUUUUGAACAACGGGUGCACGUCUGUCGGGAAGUGGAAAAUGGACCAGUACAGAAGAGCGGAUUUACCUAGAUACGGGACCAUAAGUAAGAGGGGACCCCUUCCGGGCUGCAUCCUUGGCGAUAUGUGGGGGAGAUUUUGGACAAACUUGUAUCCCCGAAUCGUCCCGUAUCCGGACCAGCCGGAUAUAGACGUGACCCAAGCCAUGAUUGACCAGAACUACAACGUCACACACAUGUUCAGAAUGGCGAAUGAAUUCUUUACCUCGAUGGGCAUGAAGCCAGUGGUCGACAGUUUCUGGUCCAAAUCCAUGCUCGAGAGGCCUGAAGGACGUCAAGUAGAAUGUCACGCGACCGCCUGGGAUUUCUAUGACGGUCUAGAUUUCAGGAUUCGAAUGUGCUCCACAGUAAACUUCGAGGACUUCGAGACUAUCCACCACGAACUAGGUCACAUUCAGUACUUCAUGCAGUAUGCACAUUUGCCUCUUAUCUACAGAGAUGGUGCUAAUGAUGGCUUCCAUGAAGCCGUUGGUGAAUUGAUGGCAAUGUCAAUGUCUACGCCUACCCAUCUGGCUGAAAUAGGCCUACUGAAAGAGUCUCCCAACAGCACGGAAACCGACAUCAAUUUCCUACUGCGAACAGCUCUCAAAACAAUCACAACUCUUCCCUUCCACUUGGUGAAUGACCUCUGGCGUUGGCGAGCUUUUAGGGGAGAUUACAAGGACGGAACGUGGAAUAAACAUUACUGGGAUCUCAAAGAGGAGUAUCUGGGGGUCAUUGCUCCCGUACCGAGAACAAAAGAUGAUCUGGAUGCACCUUCCAUAUUUCAUAUAGUGAACGAUUACGACAUGAUCAGAUACUUUACCAGGACGGUAUUGCUAUUCCAAUUCUACGAGAAGCUUUGCGAAGUUGCAGGACACCGAGGUCCUCUCCACAAGUGUGACUUCUAUGGGUCCAAAGAAGCUGGAGAGAUUUUAUCGAAAAUGCUGUCCCUCGGAGCUUCCAAGCCCUGGUGGGAGGUCUUGGAAGUCAUGACGGGAGAAAAGCGCAUGAGCGCCCGAGCGCUGCUGGAUUACUUCAAGCCCCUGGAGGAGUGGCUGAAGGAGGACAACAGAAAAAGCGGCGACGGCAUUGGGUGGGGCGAUUCAUGGAGAUCUUUAGACGAUAUCAGCGCAGCUUCUUCAACCGACUCGUCUGUCCUCAAUUUGUGUGUGGCUAUCGCGUUAUUCUACUCCCUGUCUCUACUUCACUGACACCAAGAAUAGUUCAACGUCCUCAUCAUACUCUUAAUUUUUCUUUGAAACAAAAAUUCAAUAGUUUCAUGACAACGUAUAUACGUCGAAUUUUUAUCAGGUGUUGAUAUAAAUAAAACAAGCGCCAUCUACAUGGAAACCGAAUGGUGAUUAAGAUACAUAAAACGCUGGCGUAACACGUUCGAGUCUCCGCCCAUUCAAGAAACUUAUUCGGUAAUAAUCACCUCGGCCCUCAACAAUAAACUGUGUAUCUCAUUUCUUACCAUAUUCCAUUUCUUUGCUCUAAGCGUGUGUUCGUGCUGGCCAAAAACGGGCAUUUAUUUUUCUUUGGUAUCAUAAGACUAUUUCCACUAAGGAAAAAAAAUG